CUUUCCCCGACGUCACCUACUCCCGUCCAUCCAUUUCGCACCACCCGCUCAAAAUGAAGCUCGUCUACAUCGGAGUCCUGCAAAAUGCGCAAACCCCGGCGGUCGAGCUCUGCGCCGAACGCGAUCUGAGCAGCUAUUCGCGCUUCACCAGAAACAGCAUCUCCGAGUUCACCACCAUGUUCAGCAAGACUGUGGCCGAACGCACGAAACAGGGCCAGAGACAGGAUAUCCAGGAACAAGAUUUCACCUUCCACGUCUACGCUCGCACCCAGGGGAUUGCCGGCGUCAUCAUCAGCGACAAUGAAUACCCCUCCCUGGCCGCCCAUCAGAUCCUGUCCAAGAUGCUCGACGAGUUCCUCGCCCAGCACCCCAACGCGGGGGCCUCACGUGACCCCGUCUCCUUCCCGGCGCUCAAGACCUACAUUACCUCCUACCAGGACCCGCACCAGGUGGAUAGCAUCAUGAAGAUCCAGAAGGAGCUGGAUGAGACCAAGAUUGUGCUCCAUAAGACCAUCGAGAGUGUAUUGGAACGAGGCGAGAAGAUCGAUGAUCUGGUGUCGAAGAGUGAGGGGCUGAGCGCGCAGAGCAAGAUGUUCUACACAUCGGCCAAGAAACAGAAUUCGUGCUGCGUGAUCAUGUGAUUUCGUAUUCCGUGUCCCCUCAUUCCCACUGCGAUUUUUGUCUUUGAACAUCUGUCUGGUUCUUGCACGCAGCCUACGCCAGCUGUCUUUUCUUUUUUAUAUCUUUUUCUUUUUCCUUAUUUUAUUUUAUUUUAUUUUAUUUUCUUCUCUUUUCUUUUAUCUUGUUCCCCCUUUUUUUUUUCUUGAAUCUUUCUCCAGAGCGUUUUCUUGCCAGUCCAUGCUUGGCAUUCGUCUCGUCCAUUGCAAGGGAGGUACACUUAGUUGGAGGGGAGGUUCCGAGUAGAUCUUUGCUAGGAUGAUCCGGCCACCAUAGCCGCCAGAUUUUAAUGCGACCAUUUCCUGAUCACGUGCUUUAUCA